AUGGCUAUAAUAAAUGCUGACUAUGAUCAGAGAUUCGACCAGGGUCCUAGCUUGCUACUCCUCCCACACCUGUUCCACGAGACAUUCCAGGACCUGGGAACUUCAAUGGAAGCAGAAGGUGUGCACCUCGUCAAAUGCGAACCAAACUACAACAUUCACUUCCAUGAUGGGACCUCCUUCAAGAUGUCCACUGACCUGGCCACGAUGAAGGAAGAGAUAGAACGCUUUGAAGGCAAAGAUGGCUUUGAGCGGUACAUGUCAUUCAUUCAAGAGUCACAUCGACACUAUGAGCUAUCAAUGACGCAUGUUCUUCGCAAGAACUUCUUUUCUCUCCUCAGCAUGAUGCGACCGAGCUUUCUGAGGCAUGUGCUUGCGUUGCACCCGUUCGAAAGCAUCUACAGUCGGGCGGGCAAGUAUUUCUGGACUGAGAGGCUGAGAAGAGUCUUCACUUUCGCAAGCAUGUACAUGGGAAUGAGCCCUUUCGAUGCACCGGGCACGUACUCUUUGUUGCAGUAUACGGAGCUAGCGGAAGGCAUAUGGUACCCCAUUGGCGGCUUCCACAAGGUGCGCACAUCAUUUCAUGUAAGAGAAGUCUGGCGCUGA